UAACAGGGCUGUGAGGCUGGAUGAAACAAAGGUCUCUCCACUGUGAGACAGAUCCCUGCUGAGGGCCCUUUGUGGAUGCAGCAGAGGAGACAGGCUCACAGGACCUGCCUUCUUAUGCCGAGAAGAGGGAGCUGGGCCAGAAGAGGCCCUUCUCAGGGUGCCCUGAGAUUGAGCAAACAUGUGUCCAGCCCUCGCUGUCCAUGCCUGCUGAAGGUACAUGAACACAUGUCGGAGGCGAGACUUAUGGCCAGAGACGUCAUCAAGACUGUUCCACACGACCAGGUCCCCCAACCUCCAGUGGCCUCUGAGGCUCCCAGCAUGAAGGAGCCUGUGGCUGGGGAAAACCUUAGUCCUGUGAGAGACGUGGACCUCAUGGAGUGCGUGGAAGGCAGAAACCAGGUGGCCUUGAGGCUGGCCUGCAUCGGCGAUGAGAUGGACCUGUGUCUGCGGAGCCCCCGUCUGGUCCAGCUGCCUGGGAUUGCUAUGCAAAGGUAACCAGUUACCCAGGGUGAACCGGACAGGGCUGGGCCCCAAGGGAGCCCUGCAAACCUUGGAAGAAGAGUGUGGGAGUUCUCAGGCAAGCUUGAAACCCCUUGCCUUCCAGCCCCCACGUGGGUCCCCCAAAUCCUCCCUCUGGCCUUAGCAGUAGAUCAAGCACCACUCAGGGCCUUUCUAUUGCCCCUCAAGCUGAAGAAUCCGGAGAGAUCCCAACUCACAAGGCCGUGUGGGUCUGAGCGAGGCUCAGGGGCCUUCAGAGAGGGAGGUGCUCCUUGAGGGUGGCUCUGGGCAGAGAGAACCAGAGGUGCACAGGGGCUCUCUGUGGGCCAUUCUUGCGCGCGUCCGACUCAACCAGCAAGAACGACGCUG